AUGCCUGCCCCAAAGAUUGUUAUCAUUGGCGCUGGUCCCUCUGGUCUCCUCCUCGCCCGCCUUCUCCAAGUUAAUUCCAUCCCCUGCAUCAUCUACGAAGCCGAACCCUCUCCUCACGUACGCAACCAAGGGGGUACUCUCGAUUUGCACCCCAGGGCCGGACAAGCCGCGCUCAAAGCGGCCGGCCUCUAUGAUGAAUUUCUGAAACAUUCGCGUCCGGAAGGGGAGGCCAUGAAGCUUAUCAAACCCGACGGUUCGGUGCUCUGGGACGACAACCCCAUCGUCACCUCUCAAGCCACUCAGAGUGAACUUGAUGGCGAAGGCCGCGAUCGUCCCGAAAUUGACCGCGUCAAGCUUCGCGACAUGCUGCUGUCUUCCUUGGAAGAGGAGACCGUAAGAUGGGGCAAGAAGAUAAUGCGCGUGGAACCAGACCCCUCCACACGGGGGAAGCAUACCAUCGUUUUCGCGGACUUCACAACAGAUACGUCGAUCGAUCUGCUUGUCGGCGCUGACGGCGCCUGGUCAAAAGUGCGCCCGCUCCUGACGCAUGAGAGACCGUUUUACUCCGGUAUCACGACCAUCGAGCUCUGGGCGCUGGAUGUUGACGCCCAGAACCCGUGGUUAAGUGAGUAUAUCGGCAAAGGGUCGUGCUUCAUGUUUGACGAAGGAAGGGCGCUGCAGUGUCAGCGGCAAGGAACGGGUGCGGUGCGGGCAUAUGCUUCGCUCAGGGUCCCUGAGGGGUGGCUUGAUGAUUGUGGAAUUGAUUUUUUGAACUCUCAGGGUACGACGCGCCAGGAGAUGAUUGAUAAAUACUGGAGCGAUUGUUCCGCGGACGUGAAACGGGUUAUCCUUUCUGCGAAGGACGAGCUCAUCCCGCGGAAGCUCUAUAUGCUCCCGGUGGGAAUCCAGUGGAAGUCCAAGCUUGGUGUUACGCUGCUGGGCGAUGCGGCGCAUUUAAUGACGCCAUUCGCCGGGGUGGGAGUCAACGUGGCGUUGGCCGAUGCAAUGGAUCUGGCGAAAGCGAUUGUGAGGAGGAAGGAGAGUGUGGUGGCGAAAGCAAGAAGUGAUUUGUAUAAUAUUGGAGUUGCGGUGGAGGAGUAUGAGAAGGAGAUGUCUGAGAGAGGUAGGAUGAACGCGGAGAAGACGAGAAAGAAUCUAGGCCUGCACUUCAGUGAGAGAGGGGGCGAGGAGAUGGCAGCACGAUUGAAAGCACAUGCUGAGGUAGCAAAGGCCAGAGCAAAUGGCAGAUAA